CUUAGAAAGUCAGCGACCACCUGGAGUCGUUAAGUAUACUGAGCACUGACCGAGUAGUAACCAAAAUUAUGUACUCAUACAGUUCUCACACGGCUCUCUCAUCGUCGGAGCCCAAGGAGGCGGCAAUGGAGCGGGACGACGGCGACGACGAGACGUUUUGGAGCGCCCAGUGCAGCCUCAGCUCAUCGACGGGCGACGAGCGGGACGAGCAGCAGAGCUCCCCUGGCGCAGAGGGCACGGUGUUCGUCGCGUUAGCAGACGAUGUCAACGAAGGGACGAGCACCUUGCUGUGGGCGAUGAAGAACCUGGCCAAGGAUGGAUCUAGGGUUGUGAUAGCUCAUGUCCGUAGCCCCACACGAUCGACCCACAGAAUGGGGGUAAAAGCUCAUCAUGGCAGCAUGAGACCAGAAGGGGUCAGCAAUCAUAGAAACUUACAGCGGGACAAAGCAGGGAAGAACAUGGAUGGAUAUGCCCUGACAGCGAAACGCGCGACACAAGAUCUAGAGAUUGAUUGUGAUGAAGUGGUGAUUGAGAUGGACGAUGUUGCGGAAGGACUCGCACAACUCAUUGCCAUUCAUGGCAUCACCAGGCUUGUAAUGGGAGCAGCUGCCGACCAACACUACUCAAAGGAAAUGAAAAAACCGAAGUCCAAGACAGCGCUCAAGCUGAUGGACACAGCAGCUCCAUCAUGCAAGAUAUGGUUUAUCUGUGAUGGGCAUCUGAUAUGUACCAGUUACAAGGAAAAUCUUCCUGCAAUAUCCCCGUCACCUGUACAGCGCACAACACCAUCUUCAGUGUGCAGAAUUUCGAGCCAGAUGAGAUCAAUGGCACUGAAGAAUGAAGAAGCAAGCUCAAACGGAUAUAAUUCAGCUUCAUCGUUUGAAUCACAAAUGAGUGACUGGGAUUUUUUGUUUGGAGAUUGGGAAAAGACCACUUAUAUCUCAUCCAGGACAGAUGAUGCAGUCGGUAUCUCUGGAGCCACAACUUUACCUGUGAUUAUUGGUGAUGCACACAAACUAAGACAAGUGAAACACUCUCCAACUUAUGAAUCUGAUGGCAUCCACUUGGUGCCCGAAUGUCAUAUGGAAGAAGCACUACUUGUAGAUGAAGAAACACAUUUCGGACAUCAGGAGGUGUACACUGUAGCUGAGCUGUGGAAGGGACAUGACGAAUCUAACAAACGUGACAAAGCCACACAGGAUCUGCUUUCAGCUCUUCAAAGAGCUAACGUUUCAGAAGAUUCGUAUCUUCAUGAGGUGAACCAGCGGAAACAGAUUGAGGAGAUACUUACAAUACAGAGGCUGGAGAUUGACGAAAUGAAAAGAAGAAGCUAUACGUUACAUGAUGAACUACAGGAUUCAAAGAAGCAGAAGCUCAUGCUGGAACAGCAUAUCAUUCAGAUCGAGACUGCUAGAAAGGAUAAUGUAAAGGAGAUUACUGACUUCUUUACAGAAAAAUCGUGCGAGGAAACUAAGAAAUGCCUAAAACUCGAAAUGGAUCUGCUUUCAGCACUCCAAAAAGCCAGGGAGAUGGAGAAUCUGUACCAAAACGAGAAGGGGCGGCGGUUAGACAUGGAUGUGAAGAUUACGAGACAGAGGGUGGAGAUUGAAGAAACAAAGAAGCAUCGUGAUGAACUAUAUUAUGAGCUAAAAGAUUUAAAGGAACACAUGCUCAAGCUAAAAAUAAUUGAUGUGCCCGACGAAACUAACAGAAGAAGAAGGGCUGAAAGAGAUCUGCUCUCAGCUCUUGAAAUGGUUAAAGACCUAGAGCAUGGGAUUUUGCGUGAGAUGAGAAAGCAGAAAGAAGUGGAGGAGGCACAUGCAAUUCGGGAGGAGGAAAUUCAGGCAAUGAUACAACAGCUGGCAGAUAUAAAUGCCAAAUAUAUAUCUGAUAUGAAGUCGGCCAUAAAAUUUCAUGAAGAAGAGCUUGAAAAGAGCAAACACUUUAUCCAAGAAAUUCAAGCAAAGUAUGACAAGUCACUACAUGAGAGAGAUACUGCAGUAACAGAGGCGAAAGAAUUGCGGCAAAAGAAUAAGCAUGGAGCCUUGGUGUUCUCACUAUCUGAGCUGCAGGAAGCAACCAAAUGCUUUGAUAUAUCACUCAAGAUUGGCGAAGGUGGAUCUGGAAGAGUCUAUAAGGGUUUCCUCCGAAACACGACUGUAGCUAUAAAGUUGCUUCAUUGUCAACGCCUUCAAAGACAACAAGAAUUCCAUCAAGAGGUUGCUUUUCUCAGUACAGUGAGGCAUCCUAACAUCAUGAUGUUUAUAGGAGCAUGCCAAGAGGCUUCUGGUUCUGGCCUGGUGUAUGAGUUCCUCCCAAAUAGGAGCCUUGAGGAACAUCUCUCUUGUAAGGAAAAGAAAAACACACCACCAUUGACAUGGCAAGUGCGCACCAGGAUUAUUGGGGAGAUAUGGUCGGCUUUGACGUUCAUCCACUCCCACAAGCCUCUCCCCAUUGUUCAUGGUGAUCUAAAGCCGGACAACAUUCUUCUUGACGCUAAUUUUGUGAGCAAGUUGAGAAUCUGUCAGGUUUCGAAAAAUCCCAGGGCCACAAAGAACACUAAGGAUCCCAAGUUCUUAACCACUGGGGAACUCACCCCACAGUGCGAUGUGUACUCCUUUGGCAUUGUCAUCCUACGCCUGCUGACAGGAAGGUCAUCGCAAAAGAUCGUUGUGACCGUAGAAAAAGCGAUGGAGAAAGGGCACCUGCAUUCCAUUAUCGACGAUUCCGCAGGGAGCUGGCCAUACCAACAGGCCGGCCAGCUUGCGCGUCUUGGAUUGAGAUGCACCAACUUGAGUGGGAAGCUCCAACCAGAUCUUAUAGGGGGGGUGUGGGGAGAGCUUGAGCCACUGAUGAAGGCCGCCUCCCGGAACGCUGGGCGGCCAUCCUUUGCAGCUUCGUCAGAUGACACACACACACCAUCCGGCUUUGUCUGUGCAAUCUCUCGGGAGGUGAUGCAUGACCCUCAGAUUGCAGCAGAUGGGUUCACAUACGAAGCUGAAGCUAUCAGAACGUGGCUCGACAGUGGACACGACACGUCGCCAAUGACGAACCUGAAGCUCAAACACUGCGAUCUCACCCCAAACAGGGCACUCCAUUCGGCGAUUCUCGAGUGGCAACAGCAGCAGAAGAAGCACGGGACAUGACUACAUGAGGAUCUGUCACGAACUGCAUCAGAUUCAUGAAGGAGUACAUUCAUCUCGGCCUCGGAUGUAAGCUGUUAACAGAUAGUUUAGACCUAGGUAUAUACGCAAGCAAAACCGAUCUAUUCAUUCCCCUACCACGGUGGCGGCGGCUAGGAUGAAGCUUCCUUCCCUCGAGGCUCUGCCGAUGAGCCCGUGGACUCACCUCCUCUCUAUCUGCCGCUCCAGCGGCCGGCAGUGGGGAGGGAACUCAAAUGUGAGAUUCAGAGAAAAAACUAUUUGUAUGUGUGGAAAGAUAAAAACCAAACAGAUCCCUAA